UGUUUGAUUUCAUUUUACAAUUUAAGAAACAGUUGAACGGAGUGCAGGAGCAACAAGAUCCCUCCCCACCACUUACUCAUACAAGCCAUUCUUUUCUACAAGACCAUACCAGUCCUGGACAACAGCUCCGAUCACAGUGCCCGGGCCGGCCAAGUCAGGCUUCACUUCCUUAUCAAGCUCUUCCUCUAAUACGCCAUCAGCUUCUCCAUUAAAAUCAAUAUGGUCCGUUUCAACUCCUUCGCCAAUCAAAUCCACGCUAGGCGCAUCAACUACAUCUUCCGUGAAAUCCAUUAGUGACGUGGCAUCUCCAAUUAGAUCCUUUCGGACAAUUUCUUCACCAAUAAAAACAGUGGUAUCACAGUCUCCCUACAAUAUCCAAGUUUCCUCUGGUACCCUGGUUAGAGCCCCCACGGUCACAGAGGCCUCGCCUUUAAAAGGGCUGGCAUCCAAUUCUACAUUUUCCCCUCGAACCUCUCCGGUGACAACAGCAGGGUCCCUUUUGGAGAGGUCAUCCAUUACCAUGACCCCCCCUGCCUCCCCCAAAUCCAACAUUAAUAUGUAUUCCUCCAGCCUGCCAUUUAAGUCCAUUAUUACAUCUGCAGCACCUCUGAUAUCAUCACCUCUAAAGUCAGUGGUAUCUCCGGCGAAACCCACAGUUGAUGUCGUUUCAGCCGCUAAAGUCACCAUGGCCUCUUCUCUCUCGUCGCCCGUGAAACAGAUGCCUGGACCUGCCGAGGUAGUGUUAGUCAACGGGUCGAUUUCCCCUCUGAAAUAUCCAUCGUCCUCGACUUUAAUGAAUGGAUGCAAAGCCACUGCCACGUUCCAGGAAAAAAUUUCCACGGCUACAAACUCUGUGAGCUCCGUGCUUAAUGCAGCCCCCGACACGGUUGAGAAAGCCUACCCUGUCACCACAGCAAUGCCCUUUUCCCCACUCAGGUCCUUUGUUUCUCCAGCACCAUCAGCUUUUCAGGCUCUAAGAACUCCUUCUGCCAGUGCACUCUACACAUCCCUCGGGUCGUCACUAUCUGCAACUACCUCAUCUGUAACUUCAUCAGUAAUAACAGUGCCAGUAUACUCUGUGGUCAGUGUUUUGCCAGAACCAGCGUUCAAGAAACUCCCAGACUCUAAUUCGCUCACCAAAUCGGCAGCAGCCUUGCUGUCGCCCGUUAAAACACUGGCUACGGAGACCCGUCCCCAGCCCCAUUUCCCUCGAACUGCAUCUCCAGUUAAGUCAUCUCUGUUCCUUGCACCGUCUGCCCUUAAGCUGUCCACGCCGUCUUCUCUCUCUUCCAGCCAGGAGAUAUUGAAAGACGUGGCUGAGAUGAAGGAGGACUUAAUGCGGAUGACGGCCAUCCUCCAGACCGACGUGCCCGAGGAGAAGCCCUUCCAACCCGAACUCCCCAAGGAAGGGAGGAUCGAUGACGAAGAACCUUUCAAAAUUGUUGAGAAAGUCAAGGAAGACCUGGUGAAAGUUAGUGAGAUCCUUAAAAAGGACGUCUGUGUAGAGGACAAGGGACCCCCCAAAUCACCCAAGAGUGACAAAGGACAUUCUCCCGAAGACGACUGGAUAGAAUUUAGCUCAGAAGAAAUAAGGGAAGCGAGACAGCAAGCGCCCACGAGUCCUGCUCCAUCUCUGCCCGAGAGAGUGCAAGUCAAGGCAAAGGCCGCCUCCGAGAAGGAUUACAACCUGACCAAAGUCAUCGACUACCUGACAAACGACAUCGGGAGCAGUUCUCUGACCAACCUGAAGUACAAGUUUGAGGACGUAAAAAAGGAUGGGGAAGAGAGACAGAAAAGGAUCUUAAAGCCCGCCAUCGCCCUGCAGGAACACAAACUCAAAAUGCCUCCAGCCUCCAUGAGGCCUUCCACCUCCGAGAAGGAGUUGUGUAAGAUGGCCGAUUCCUUUUUCGGAACGGAUACUAUUUUGGAGUCUCCAGAUGACUUUUCCCAGCACGACCAAGAUAAGAGCCCCUUGUCAGACAGCGGCUUCGAGACAAGAAGUGAGAAAACACCUUCGGCCCCCCAGAGCGCUGAAAGCACUGGCCCCAAACCGCUUUUUCAUGACGUCCCCAUCCCCCCGGUCAUUACCGAAACGAGGACUGAGGUGGUUCACGUGAUCAGGAGCUACGAGCCCUCGGCCGGAGAUGCUCCACCUUCCCAACCCGAGGAGCCCGUGUCACCCAAACCGUCACCUCCUUUUGUGGAGCUGGAACCAAAGCCCACCCCUUCCACCAUUAAGGAGAAAGUCAAAGCCUUUCAGAUAAAAGCCAGUGGCGAGGAAGAUGAGCACGGUCGGGUUCUGGGCAAAGGCAUGCGUGUGAAGGAGGAAACUCACAUCACCACCACCACCAGAAUGGUUUAUCAUUCCCCGCCAGGUAGUGAAGGUGCCUCUGAGAGGAUCGAAGAAACCAUGUCGGUCCAUGACAUCAUGAAGGCCUUCCAGUCCGGGCGGGACCCUUCCAAAGAGCUGGCAGGUCUGUUUGAACAUAAGUCCACAGUGUCUCCAGACGCACACAGGUCUGCUGCUGAAACCUCAGCCCAGCAUGCAGAGAAGGACCACCAAAUGAAACCCAAACUGGAGCGUAUAAUAGAAGUCCACAUCGAAAAAGGUAACCAAGCUGAGCCCACUGAAGUCAUUAUUAGAGAAACCAAAAAGCAUCCAGAAAAGGAAAUGUAUGUCUAUCAGAAAGACUUAUCCCGGGCAGAUAUUAACCUAAAAGAUUUUCUGCCAGAAAAACACGAUGCUUUUCCUUGUCCAGAGGAACAGGGUCAGCAAGAAGAAGAAGAACUCACUGCUGAAGAGUCCCUGCCUUCUUAUCUGGAAUCUUCCAGAGUAAACACUCCUGUGUCCCAAGAAGAAGAUAGUCGCCCUAGUUCUGCUCAACUCAUAUCUGAUGACUCUUAUAAAACAUUGAAGCUUUUGAGUCAACACUCAAUAGAAUACCAUGACGAUGAGUUGUCAGAACUAAGAGGGGAGUCGUACAGGUUUGCUGAGAAAAUGCUUCUGUCAGAAAAGCUAGAUGUGUCUCAAUCUGAUACUGAGGAAUCGGUUACAGACCAUGCAGGACCCCCUAGUUCAGAGUUACAGGGGUCUGAUAAGCGGCCCAGAGAAAAAGUAGUCACUGCCCCCCCAAAAGAAAUUCUCUCCAAAGUCUAUAAAGAUGUGUCUGAAAAUGGUGUAGGUAAAGUGUCUAAAGAUGAGCAUUUUGAUAAAGUGGCAGUGUUGCACUACCCUGCUGAUGCUAGUGGUCCCAAACAGGCCAUGUGGAUGCGCUUGGCUGAGGACAGAUUAGAGAGAGGUAGAGAGAAGUUGAUAUACGAAGAUAGGGUGGACAGGACCGUGAAGGAAGCUGAAGAGAAACUGACCGAGGUGUCACAGUUUUUUCGUGACAAAACAGAGAAGCUCAACGAUGAACUGCAGUCCCCAGAGAAAAAGCCCCGCCCUCGAAAUGGCAAAGAAUACUCAUCCCAGAGCCCUCCCGGGAGCAGCCCUGAAAAAGCACUGCUGGCGUCCAGUGAGGAGUGGGUCAAGGCGAGGCAGCCUGGCCGCGACGGAGAAGGCUGCCCCAAAGCCGACGAGAGGAACGCAGCCAGCCCGCCCAGUAGCCCCGAGACGGUUCUUUCCCAACAGACCGAGGACAGCAAGGCCACCGAGGAAGCCAAAGCCAGUAUCUCACAGAGCAAGGAACCAGAAGGGCCCCCGUCUGGGUUUCAGCUCAAACAAUCUAAACUCAGUUCCAUCAGAUUAAAAUUUGAACAAGGCGCCCAGGCCAAAAGUAAGGACGUUUCUCAAGAAGACAAGAAGCCUGAGGGCCAGUCCAGAAUCCCAGUUAAAAAAAUCCAGGAGAGCAAGCUACCUGUCUACCAAGUGUUUGCUAGAGAGAAACCACAGAAGGCCUCCGAUGAGAGCGGCUCUGCGCCCAAAGAUCUCAUGGUAUUAAAAGCUAAAGAUGAGCAUGCCCAGAGCAAUGAGAUUGUUGUAAAUGAUUCUGGCUCUGAUGAUGUGAAAAAGCAGCGACCUGAAAUGUCAAGUAAAGUGAUGCCUGACUCUUUUUCUGAGCAGCAGGCUAAAGACUUGGCCUGUCAUGUAACUUCCGAUGUAGCCACUAAGGGACCAUGGGACCAAAAGGUCUUUAGAACGUGGGAAAGUUCCGGAGCCCCAAAUAAUAAGCCGCAGAAAGAGAAACUUUCGCAUGUACUUGUUCACGAUGUAAGAGAGAAUCACGCAGGUCACCCCGAGAGUAAAAUUGUCGAUCAAAGGGAUGCAUUUUUGUCUGUGACUGAGAGAGAACACACAUUGUUAACAAAUGGCUCUCUCUCAGAAAUUAAGGAAAUGACUGUAAAAUCUCCCUCCAAAAAAGUCUUAUAUAGGGAAUACGUUGUUAAAGAAGGGGAGCGUCCAGGUGGAUCUCUUGACCAACCUCCCAGGAGAAGCGACAGCUCGGCGGUGUCCCACAUCCCCGUCAGGGUGGCCGGUGAACGGACGACGCCCACCUCUAACAUCCCCGAUGGUUUUUUCGAGCCGCCGGUGUUUCCAAAACAUGAACUGUCCCCAAAGUUAUCCCAGUCGAGAAUGAGUCAAGAGACAGUUGAGACCCAGCAUUUUAAUUCGAUAGACAAGGAAAAAGUGACCUAUUCAGAAAUCAGCAAAGUGUCCAAACAUCAGAGUUAUGUAGGCUUAUGCCCGCCUUUCGAGGAAACUGAGGUCUCCCCGAUCAAGUCUCCUGAUUCUUUAGAGUUCAGCCCAGGAAAGGAAUCACCCUCUAGUGAUGUAUUUGACCGCAGUCCCAUUGAUGGACUGGAAAAAGCUGCACCACUAGCCCAGACAGAGGGGGGUAAAGAGAUCAGAACUCUACCUGUCUAUGUCAGCUUUGUCCAGGUGGGGAAGCAGUACGAAAAGGAGAUACAGCAAGGGGGUGUGAAAAAAAUCAUAAGUCAGGAAUGUAAGACAGUCCAGGAGACCAGGGGGGCCUUUUACACAACCAGACAGCAAAAGCAACCUCCUUCUCCCCAAGGCAGCCCAGAAGAUGAUACCCUAGAGCAAGUCUCCUUUCUAGACAGCUCGGGGAAGAGCCCCUUGACCCCAGAAACGCCCAGCUCAGAGGAAGUGAGUUAUGAAUUUACGUCUAAGACACCAGACUCGCUUAUAGCUUACAUCCCAGGCAAGCCCAGCCCCAUUCCCGAGGUUUCCGAGGAAUCUGAGGAGGAGGAGCCGGCCAAGUCGGCCUCCUUAAAGCCGACUGCGGCGGAGGGGACUGCAGCCAUCGAGCGGGAGGCACCUCCCGAUGUGAGCAAAGACUCCAGCCAAAGACCCAAAAGUAACAGGGUGGCCUACAUUGAAUUUCCCCCUCCUCCACCACUGGACGCAGACCCAGUGGAGUCCGAUAGGAAACAUCCUCACCUCCCUGAAAGAGAGGUUGACUUGAUCGAGGUCAGCCUCCAAGACGAACAUGACAAGGACCAGCUGGCUGAGCCAGUCAUCCGAGUGCAGCCACCCUCGCCUGUCCCUCCGGGGGCAGACGUCAGCGACUCCAGUGAUGACGAGUCCCUUUACCAGCCGGUCCCCGUCAAGAAGUACACCUUCAAGUUAAAGGACGUGGAUGAUGAGCAGAAAGAGAGGACCCCACCCAAAACCUCUACCGGGAAGGGUUCUGACCAGAAAGCCCUGGUGGAAGUGAACGGAUCUGGAAAAGAGCACGACUUUGGCCUUGGCCUUGACUCGCCUCAGAAUGAAACUGCCCAGAACGGGAACAAUGACCAGUCCAUCACCGAGUGCUCCAUUGCCACCACAGCCGAGUUUUCUCACGAUACAGAUGCCACCGAGAUCGACUCCUUGGAUGGCUACGACCUGCAGGAUGAAGACGACGGCUUGACCGAGAGUGAUUCUAAACUCCCGAGUCAAACCCUGGAGGUGAAGAAAGACAUCUGGAACACGGAGGGCAUUCUGAAACCAGCCGACCGCUCCUUUAGCCAGAGCAAACUGGAGGUUAUCGAGGAGGAGGAGGGGAGGGUGGGACCAGACGAAGAGAAGCCACCCCCUAGAAGCUCUUCCUCUGAAAAGAGCUCCGAUAAGACUGAUCCAAAGUCAGGGGCCCAGUUUUUCACCCUAGAAGGCAGACAUCCUGACCGGUCAGUGUUUCCCGAUACGUAUUUCAGUUACAAAGUAGACGAAGAAUUUGCCACUCCUUUCAAAACAGUAGCCACCAAAGGUCUUGAUUUUGACCCUUGGUCUAACAACCGAGGGGAUGACGACGUUUAUGACAGCAAGUCCCGGGAAGAUGAGAGUAAGCCCUUUGGUCUGGCUGUGGAAGACCGCUCUCCGGCCACCACCCCCGAUACAACGCCGGCCCGCACGCCAACUGACGAAAGUACCCCAACUAGUGAGCCCAACCCCUUCCCAUUUCACGAAGGGAAAAUGUUUGAGAUGACUCGCAGUGGUGCAAUUGACAUGAGCAAGAGGGAUUUUGUUGAAGAGAGGCUCCAAUUUUUCCAGAUUGGUCCACAGAGUCCAUGUGAACGGACAGAUAUCAGGAUGGCAAUAGUAGCUGAUCACCUGGGACUUAGUUGGACAGAACUGGCAAGGGAACUGAAUUUUUCAGUGGAUGAAAUCAAUCAAAUACGUGUGGAAAAUCCAAAUUCUUUAAUUUCUCAAAGCUUCAUGUUACUAAAAAAAUGGGUCACCAGAGACGGAAAAAAUGCUACAACUGAUGCCUUAACUUCGGUCUUGACAAAAAUUAAUCGAAUAGAUAUAGUGACUCUGCUAGAAGGACCAAUAUUUGAUUAUGGAAAUAUUUCAGGCACCAGAAGUUUUGCAGAUGAGAACAGUGUUUUCCAUGACCCAGUUGAUGGUCAUCCUUCCCUUCAAGUGGAACUGGAAACUCCCACAGGGUUGCACUACCCAUCACCCACCCCUUUCCAGCAAGAUGAUUAUUUUAGUGAUAUCUCUAGCAUAGAAUCUCCCCUUAGAACCCCCAGUAGACUGAGCGAUGGGGUAGUGCCUUCCCAGGGAGACAUAGAGCAUUCAGCAGAUGGACCUCCGGUCGUAACUGCAGAAGACACAUCCUUAGAAGACAGCAAACUUGAAGACUCAAUGCCUUUAACAGAAAUACCUGAAGCUGUGGCUGUAGAUGAGAGCCAGUCGGAGAAUGUCUAUCUGAGUUGGCAGAACGAGACGUCAAGUGGAAACCUAGAGCCCCCUGCUCAAGCUCGGAGAAUAACCGGUGGGUUACUUGAUCGACUGGAUGACAGCCCUGACCAGUGUAGAGAUUCCAUUACCUCGUAUCUCAAAGGGGAACCUGGGAAAUUUGAAGCCAAUGGAAGCCAUGCAGAAGUCACUCCAGAAGCAAAGACGAAAUCUUACUUUCCAGAAUCCCAAAAUGAUGUCGGGAAACAGAGUGCAAAGGAAACUCUGAAACCAAAAAUACCAGGACCUGGUCGUGUUGAUGAACCAUCAUCAUCGCUAGCAGCUUAUCAGAAAGCUCUGGAAGAAACCAGCAAGUUUGUAAUAGAAGAGCCUAAACCCUGUAUGCCUGUCAGUAUGAAAAAGAUGAGUAGGACUUCUCCUACAGAUGGCAAGCCAAGGCUUAACCUCCAUGAGGAAGAGGGGUCGAAUGGGUCUGAGCAAAAGGUCAAAAGUCCAGGUACAGCUCUUACACGGAUGACUGCCUGCUGUUACAAGGACUCGAAAGGCAGUGAGAGUGACUCAAGCUCAGAGGAAGAACGGAAAGUCACUACCCGAGUAAUUCGCCGGCGCUUGAUUAUAAAGGGCAAGGAAGCAAAACACAUUCCUGGUGAAUCUGUCACAGAGGAACAGUUUACUGAUGAAGAAGGCAACCUCGUCACCAGAAAAAUCACUCGGAAGGUAUUAAGACGAAUCGUUAUCCCUCAAGAGAGAAAACACGAUGACAUGCAGGGAGAAGGUUACAAGGUGAAGACAAAGAAAGAAAUCCGACACGUGGAAAAGAAGAGCCACUCCUAACAGUAAACGGUCAAUCACAGUGGAUCAUGUGUUAUUACUGCCAGUAUUGAGAAAUUCAUGGAAGAUAAGUCAGCAGGAAGUAAAAAUUUACAGAGGAGGGUGUGUGUGUUUGCUGCUUCCACACAUUAAUGGCAUGAUUUUUUUUUAUGCAAAAAGAAAACAGAAAACGAAAACCGCCCACAUUUUAAUUUAGCAUGAGCCAAUUUACAGAGCAUGGAAAUUCACUUUCAUUCCCAGGACUGGCACGUGUGCAAUUAGCAAUGCAGUGUACAUACAAGAAGCCAUGCUGUUAACAGUUUCUCUCAAGUAAUUUGGUGUCAUUUACAAAAAGGAAGAAACUCCUGCCGCCAGAAGGGACAGAAGGACAUGGAAUGAACACAUCAUGGAGAAACACUAAAAUUACUAAAUCCACAACAGCUCGCCUUAUUUUUCUUGGACCCAAACUGUCAGGGUAUAAACACUAUUUGUUUCUUUUUUAAAAACAUCUAUAGUUUUGCUGUAAAUAAUAACACUGUAUAAAUUCUAACAGAAAAAAAAUAGAAUAAAUGUCCAUAAGGCACUGCCUCUUAGAACACAAACAGAAUAUUGCAAAUGCAUUUAACAUAAUAGGGAUCUCAAGUGACUUCGCCCUAGGAGAGGAAGGAGGGGCUAUGGGGGGAGGGGGUCUUCACUGAUUCUUGUAUAUUAGCAAUUAUAAUGUUUGUAUAUGCAAAACUGCUAGCUUGAUUUUAAAAAAGAAAAUCUUUAAAAUCUGCUGCAAAUUUAAAUAAUUCCCCAAAUGAGGAAUUCUGUAGUUCUGUGAAAAAAAAUUUUUUCUUCAGAAUACUAAUAUUUUGAUGCAUGUGUAUCACCUUAUUUUGAUUAAAUCUUUUCCAAUUUUGCAAACACUACAGUAUCCUGCAACACAGAAGAUUUUAUCUGUAAACACAAAGCCCUUCAUCUAAUAUUUGUUGCUAUUGCCAAUUUUUCAAUGAAAUGACCUAAAAAUGAAAAAAAAAUUAACCUAAACAGUAGUUGCUUUAGGGGGAGGGGGGUGCUGUUAGUGCUUAAAAGGGGAGUAAUGCUUGCCGCUUUAGAGGUGGAUGGUGCUCGUAAGAGGCCCCAGCAAGGGGUGCUUUCAAUGGACUGAACAGAAAUUCUUAGCUAGUAGAAUGGCAGCACGCUGUAAAAUUAUUACUGUAUCGUGUACUGGCUCUAAGAUGUAGACACCUUUCAGUAAGCCAAUCAUUUGUAACCAUUCUAGCAGUGUCAUAUUAGGUUAAUAAGGCUGCUGUGUUUUAAAGGGCAUUUUUAUUUGGGUUUUGGUGAAAUUCUUUAAUUUCCUGAUUAUAUUCAUAUAAAAUCAGCAUUCAUUGACACAUCGCUCUAAUGACAUAUGUAUGAAAAAAACCAUACACUGGAUGACCUAGUCGAUUAUUUAAGCAUAAAAUAAAUUGUGUUCAACUCUUCACUGA